GCGCAUCGGCAGAGCAACACAUAAAAAGGGCUUGUUCCGUUUCUCUGAAUCUUAGAAAUGGCCAACGGAAGUCCCAACGACACUGAAUCUUUCCUUCAGAUUCCGCCAAUAAAGUUCUCCAAGCUUUUUAUCGACGGCAAGUUCGUCGAUGCCGUUUCAGGGAAAACGUUCGAGGUAGUUGAUCCGAGAAGCGGGGAGGCGAUAGCAAGAGUUUCGGAAGGAGAUAAAGAGGACGUUGAUUUGGCUGUGAAGGCGGCUCGUCAAGCUUUCGACCACGGCCCUUGGCCUCGUAUGUCCGGCUCUGAGCGUGGAAGUAUAAUGAUGAAGUUUGCAGAUCUAAUUGAAGAAAAUAUAGAAGAAUUAGCUGCACUGGAUACCAUUAAUGGGGGCAAGCUAUUCAGUCAUUGCAAGGUCAUAGACAUCCCAGCUGCAGCGAAGAUUCUUCGUUACUAUGCAGGUGCAGCCGAUAAAAUUCAUGGAACAGUCUUAAAAUUGUCAAAGGGACUUCAAGGCUACACUCUGAGGGAACCCAUAGGGGUAGUGGGAAGUAUAAUUCCCUGGAAUUUCCCCACUCUCAUGUUCUUCACGAAAGCUGCCCCGGCAUUAGCCGCCGGCUGCACGGUGGUAAUCAAGCCUGCCAAGCAGACUCCGCUUUCCGCCCUUUAUUAUGCUCAUCUCGCCAGCCUGGCUGGCAUCCCAGACAGAGUGCUGAAUGUUAUAAACGGAUUUGGAGAAACUGCUGGAUCUGCCAUUAGCUCUCAUAUGGACGUUGAUAAGUUGAGUUUUACAGGUUCUACUGAAGUUGGACGUAAGAUAAUGACAGCAGCAGCAGCAAGCAAUCUGAAACCUGUGUCACUGGAAUUGGGAGGCAAAUCGCCUCUAAUAAUAUUUGAAGAUGCCGACAUCGACGAGGCUGUAGAUAUUGCUUUCUAUGGCUUGUUUUACAACAAAGGAGAAGUUUGUGUGGCGGGCUCUCGUGUUUAUGUUCAAGAAGGAAUUUAUGAAAAAGUUGAGAAGAAACUGGUAGAGAAAGCAAAUUCAUGGAUCGUUGGGGACCCUUUUGACCCUCGAGUUAAUCAAGGACCCCAAACUGGUAAGAAGCAAUUCCAGAAAAUUCUGUCGUACAUCGAGCACGGAAAACGAGACGGAGCUAUGUUGUUAACAGGGGGGAAGCAAAUCGGCAACAAGGGAUUCUACGUUGAGCCUACCAUAUUUAGCGAUGUUAAGGAAGACAUGACCAUAGCGAAAGAAGAAAUCUUUGGUCCCGUGAUGUCAUUGAUGAAAUUCAAAACAAUGGAGGAAGCAAUAAAGAGGGCAAACGACACAACGUAUGGAUUGGCAGCAGGGGUGAUAACCAAUAACUUGAACGUGGCUAACACGGUAUCGAGAUCGAUCCGAGCGGGUACUAUAUGGAUAAAUUGUUACACCAGAUUUGAUCUGGAUUGCUCUUAUGGUGGGUACAAGAUGAGCGGCUUUGGCAAGGAUUUUGGUCUGGAUGGACUUCAUCAGUAUCUCCAGAUCAAGUCCGUCGUUUCUCCCAUUCACGAUUCUCCCUGGCACUAAUUGUUUAGAACCGGAAAUGGUUUAAUAAUAAUUUAAUCUUGUUUGUGACAUUCUGCUUUGAUUUUCAUAAUAAUAUUUGUCUACUCUUGAUGA